AUGUCCUGCAGCAAAUCUCAGUCUGGUGAAGAGGACGAUCACCUCAGGAUUGUCCUGGUUGGAAAAACUGGAAAUGGAAAGAGUGCAGCAGGAAACACCAUCAUCGGAAGAAGAUGUUUUGAAUCCACCUCAUCUGCUGCUUCUGUGACAGCAGAGUGUCAGAAGGAAACAGUCGAGUUUGGAGCUCAAACUCUGACUGUAGUCGACACUCCAGGUCUGUUUGACACCGUCAGAUCUAAAGAUGAGGUAAAAUUAGAGAUCGCUAAGUGCAUCUCCUUCUCUGCUCCUGGUCCUCAUGUGUUCCUGGUGGUGAUCCAGGCAGGAAGAUUCACUGAAGAAGAACAGCAAACAGUGAGACUCAUCCAGGAGCUGUUUGGAGAGAAGUCAUCAGAAUACACCAUGGCCCUGUUCACCCGUGGAGACGAUCUGGAGGCCGACGGAAAGUCCAUAGAAGACAUAAUAGAAGGAAACCCAGCUCUGAAGAAGUUCAUCAGUCAGUGUCGGGGAGGAUAUCAUGUUUUUAACAACAGAUCCAAGGAUCGCUCUCAGGUCGAAGAGCUUCUGAAGAAGAUCAACACUCUGGUUCAGAGGAACGGAGGAAGAUGCUUCACCAACGACAUGCUGCAGGAAGCUGAGAAAGCCAUAAAAGAGAAGCAAGAAGAGCUGAUGAAGCAAAAUCCAGACAUGACGGCUGAAGAUGCAAGAAAAGAGGCUGAAAAAGUCAACAAGUUUAUCAAGAGUCCUGACUUGAAUCCAGCUGAGAAUCUGUGGAGGGAGCUGAAGAUCAGAGUGAUGGCAAGGAGACCUUCCAACCUGAAAGAGCUGGAGCUCAUCGGUUAA